UGGAGAAUUCCAAAGAGUAGGAGCCCCCACAGAGAAGGAUCUUCCCCUGGGGGCCGCCAGCCGACAUUGUCUAGCGGACAGCACCCUGAGAAGGCCCUCUGUGCGAGCGUACGGGUCGGUGGGAGGCAUGCGGUAACAGAAGGCGGUCCCAUGGCCCCUGCAAAGAAAGGUGGUGAAAAGAAGAAAGGCCGAUCAGCCAUCAAUGAGGUGGUUACUCGAGAAUAUACAAUAAAUAUUCACAAAAGGAUCCAUGGCGUGGGCUUCAAGAAAAGGGCUCCUCGUGCUCUUAAGGAGAUUCGAAAAUUUGCCAUGAAGGAAAUGGGUACUCCUGAUGUACGCAUUGAUACCCGUUUGAACAAGGCUGUCUGGACGAAAGGAAUAAGAAAUGUUCCUUAUCGUAUCCGAGUACGCUUAUCCCGAAAGCGCAAUGAAGAUGAAGAUUCACCCAAUAAAUUGUAUACACUGGUUACUUAUGUGCCAGUCACCACCUUUAAAGGUCUACAGACUGUUAAUGUAGAUGAAAACUAAGCUUUUAUUACAAUAAAAAUACUAAAUUGGUCUUAAA